AUACGCGUACUAGGCUCUGACACAGAAUGGCACUUCGCUCACCGAGGGCUCCCGCACGCUCGCCCGCGACGCUCCAUCGCACACACGCGCUUACUCAAACAACACCCACUUGUACACACGGCGAUUCAGCAGACUGGUUUUAAAAGAGUGAAGCGGGGUUUCCGGCCCCUCCGGUUACCUGAACCUGCGCUUGCGCCGGUGGCUGAGCCACGUGACCCCUACUUUCCCUUACAAUGGUACUUGAAGAACACUGGGCAGAAUGGCGGGAAGCCGAAGCUGGAUUUGAAUGUGGAAGCGGCUUGGGCGUUGGGGUACACUGGGGUUAACGUAACCACAGCUAUCAUGGAUGAUGGUGUCGACUACAUGCACCCAGAUCUCAAAUACAACUAUAAUGCGGAGGCUUCAUACGACUUCAGCAGCAACGAUCCAUUCCCGUACCCGAGAUAUACAGAUGACUGGUUUAAUAGCCACGGAACCCGAUGUGCAGGAGAAGUGGCCGCGGCCAGAGAUAAUGGAGUCUGCGGUGUUGGUGUGGCCUAUCAUUCUAAAGUGGCUGGUAUUCGAAUGUUGGACCAGCCUUACAUGACGGACCUGAUCGAGGCCAACUCUAUGGGGCACGAGCCCCACAAGAUCCACAUCUACAGCGCCUCGUGGGGACCAACUGAUGAUGGAAGGACUGUGGAUGGACCCCGCAAUGCCACCAUGAGGGCUAUUGUACGAGGUGUUAAUGAGGGCCGCAACGGUCUAGGUAAUAUCUACGUGUGGGCCAGUGGCGACGGCGGAGAAGACGACGACUGUAACUGUGAUGGAUACGCUGCCUCCAUGUGGACCGUAUCAAUCAACAGUGCAAUCAAUGACGGUCAAAACGCUCACUACGAUGAAUCCUGUUCCUCAACUUUGGCGAGUACGUUCAGCAAUGGCGCCCGGGACCCCAGCACUGGGGUCGCUACCACGGACCUGUAUGGGAAGUGUACUGCGACCCAUUCGGGAACCUCCGCCGCUGCUCCCGAAGCCGCCGGUGUGUUUGCACUGGCUUUACAUGCUAACCCGAGUCUUACUUGGAGGGAUAUUCAACAUUUGACUGUGCUGACUUCAAAAAGGAAUUCGCUAUACGAUGCUAAGGGCCGUUUCCACUGGACUAUGAACGGCGUGGGUCUGGAGUUCAACCACCUGUUCGGGUUCGGCGUGCUGGACGCGGGCGCCAUGACCGCGCUGGCAGCCAACUGGCGCUCCGUGCCGCCGCGCUACCACUGCGAGGCUGGCUCUGUUAAUACUCACACUGAAAUCGCAGCAGAAGGCAUGUUAACCCUGAAGAUCGACACGAGCGCGUGCGCGGGCACGCCGAGCGAGGUGCGCUACCUGGAGCACGUGCAGGCGGUUGUCAGCGCCAACGCCAGCCGCCGCGGGGACCUCGAGCUGUUCCUCACCAGCCCUAUGGGAACACGAUCAAUGAUCCUGAGCCGGCGCGCGAACGACGAUGACUCCCGUGACGGUUUCACCAAGUGGCCCUUCAUGACGACCCAUACUUGGGGGGAGUACCCACAGGGCACGUGGACCUUAGAGGCUCGCUACAACGGCGGCGCGGGCAGCCCGGCGGCGUGGUCGGGCUGGGUGCGCGGCUGGUCGCUGGUGCUGCACGGCACGCGCGCGCCGCCCUACGCCGCGCUCGUGCCGCAGGACCCGCACUCCAAGCUCGCCGUCGUCAAGAAGGCGCACGAGGACAGCCUGCGGCCCGAGUAACCGCCACGGGGACCUGCUCUGUAUUGGUUGGCUCUGAUCAACAAAGGUGUUCGAGACAUUUAAUUGAAAUAUCCCCUGAAACGUAUUCUUCAAAAAAUCCACAUAGUCAGGUUGUUCCUUUUCAAAGAUGAUUAAAAAAGCAGUAAAUACACGACAAUUUCAAACGUUUUAAACCGUAAAUUUUCAGGUCAGAUUUAAAGUAUUUUUCGAAAAAUCUUCCAGGAGAACGUGCCAGACAGUCUAAUUUAAACCUGAGCUCUUUUACUAGGCAGAAAUACCACAGCACAUAUUUUUUAAUACCAAAAUGAGUCGACAAAAGAUCCAAGAUUUCAAAAUUGUUCAAAAGUAUCAUAACUUCUGUGUUAAAGCAACGAUCGAAAUCUCAAUGGCAUGACGUGACGAGUACACUUAUAUACAGCCUGUUCAAAAAAAACUUUAAAAAACAAUGAGAAAAGAACAACCAAUACAGAUCAGUAUAUCCUAAGCCUGGCAAGAACGUGUAACAUAACAUUUACAACCGAGCGACA